AUGCGUCUUCUCGUUUUUGCGACUUUAUUUGGAGUCCUUCUCGACGCAGGAGAUGCCCUUCAGAUCCAGUGCUACCAGUGUGAGGAGGUGAAGCACAAUGACUGCUCCACACCGGAGUACAUCGUCAACUGCACCGUCAACGUACAGGACAUGUGCCAGAAGGAGGUGCUGGUCAAGCCCGACGGGAUACACUACCGCAAGUCCUGUGCCUCCUCCGGGGCUUGCCUCAUAGCCUCCUCCGGCUACCAGCAGUUCUGCACAGGGAGGCUCAACUCGGUGUGCAUCACCUGCUGCAACACCCCGCUCUGCAACGGGCCCAAGAGGAAGCGUCCCGUCCCGUCGGCGGGGACGUCCAGUCAGCAGAUGGACCGG